CCUAUUCUCUGAGAAACAACAGCAGAAAAGUUCACUCUAAUGCACAGAUAAGACACUUGGAAGGAAAACCACAGAAAACAGCUUCAACAGGAGAAUUUUUAAGGAACAAGACCUAAAAGGAAAAAACAAAGGGGAAUAUCUUGUGUUUUCAUUAAAAAUUUAUUUUGAAGGCACCUUGCGAUACUGAAAGAAGUCAAAAUGUUCGCCGUACACUUGAUAUCUUUUUACUUCACCAAGCUGAAGGAGGAUCAGAUCAAAAAGGUGGACCGGUUCCUAUAUGCCAUGCGUCUGUCUGAUGAACAGCUCUUGGACAUCAAGUCUCGGUUUAGUCAAGAGAUGGAGAAAGGCCUGUCUAAAGAGAGCAACAUUGCAGCUACAGUCAAAAUGCUACCCACACACGUCCGCUCUAUUCCCGAUGGCUCAGAAAAGGGUGAGUUCCUGUCACUAGAUCUUGGUGGUUCCAAGUUCAAAGUCCUCCAAGUGAAGGUAUCUGAUGACGGAAAGAGGAAAGUUCAGAUGGAGAGCGAGACUUUUCCAGUUCCUGAGGAGGUUCUCAAUGGAAGAGGAACAGAUCUUUUUGAUCAUGUGGCAGAGUCUUUAAAAACCUUCAUGCAGAAGAAAAAAAUCAAUCAGACGAAAAUGCCCCUGGGUUUCACUUUCUCGUUUCCCUAUCAGCAGUCCAAACUUGAUGAGGGUGUGUUGCUGUCAUGGUCAAAGAACUACAAAGCCAGAGGAGUUAGAGGUGCUGAUGUGGUAGAGCUACUGAGACAAGCCAUCAACAGAGUUGGGGAGAUUGAUGUGGAUGUUCUGGCGCUGGUCAAUGACACAGUAGGAACCAUGAUGACUUGUGGAUAUGAUGACCAGCAUUGUGAAGCCGCAUUCAUCGUAGGUACAGGCGCUAAUGCAUGCUACAUGGAGGAGAUGAGACACAUUGAGCUGGUGGAGGGAGACGAGGGCAGAAUGUGCAUUAAUACAGAAUGGGGAGCAUUCGGAGAUGACGGGGUGCUUGAUGAUUUCAUUACCAGCUAUGACCAGGAAAUUGAUGCCGCCUCUGUCAACCCUGGAAAACAACUGUUUGAGAAGAUGGUGAGUGGAAUGUACAUGGGAGAACUGGUGAGGCUCAUCCUGUUAAAGAUGGCUAAACGUGGCCUUCUGUUUAAAGGAUUAGUCUCAGAUCUUCUCCGUACAAAAGGGAGCUUUCAAACUAAGCACAUCUGCAUGAUAGAAGAGUACAAAGAUGGGCUAAGGAACACAAAGGAUAUCCUUACAGAGCUGGGUCUUAGUCCCACAGAGGACGACUGCAUUGCCGUGCAGCAUGUUUGCACCAUUGUGUCCUUCAGGUCGGCUAACUUGUGUGCUGCUGCACUGGCUGCCAUCCUCACACGCAUCCGGAAGAACAAGAAGCUAAAGAUACUAAGAACUACAGUUGGAGUGGAUGGAACAGUCUACCGAACUCACCCUCAGUAUGCAAAGAGGCUCCAUAAAGUGGUGCGCCGCCUGGUGCCUGAGUGCCAUGUUCGUUUUUUGUUGUCGGAGAGUGGUAGCAGUAAAGGGGCAGCCAUGGUGACUGCGGUCGCACAACGCCUAGCAUCACAGCGCAAAGAGAUUGACAAUACCCUAGCGGAUUUCAAACUCAGCUCCACACAACUCCAACAGGUUAAAGACAAGAUGCGAAUAGAGUUGGAGCGUGGUCUCAGAAAGGACACACAUCCAACCGCGUCAGUCAAAAUGCUGCCCUCGUAUGUUUACAGGACUCCAGAUGGAACAGAGACAGGAAAAUUCCUGGCAUUGGACCUGGGUGGAACAAAUUUCAGAGUGCUGGUGGUGAAGAUCCGUAGCGGAAUUCGCAAAUCUGUCCGCAUGUAUAACAAGAUCUAUGCCAUCCCACUGGAAAUCAUGCAGGGAACUGGGGAGGAGCUCUUUGAUCACAUAGUGCAUUGUAUAUCAGAUUUCCUGGACUACAUGGGGAUGAAAAACAUCUGCCUGCCCCUUGGCUUCACCUUCUCAUUUCCGUGCAGACAGACUGGAAUAGAUAAGGGAAUCUUGGUGAGCUGGACCAAAGGCUUUAAAGCUACUCACUGUGAGGGAAAUGAUGUGGUGGAAAUGUUAAGAGAGGCCAUUAAGAGACGAAAUGAAUUUGAUCUUGAUAUUGUUGCCGUAGUUAAUGACACGGUUGGCACGAUGAUGACAUGUGCAUAUGAGGAUCCUAAUUGUGAAAUUGGACUGAUUGCUGGAACGGGCAGCAAUGUUUGCUACAUGGAACACAUGAAGAACAUUGAGACAGCGGAAGGGGAUGAGGGGCUCAUGUGUGUGAACACUGAAUGGGGUGGUUUUGGUGAUAAUGACAACAUUGAGGAUAUACGGACACGGUUUGACCGGGAGGUGGACUGGGGCUCCUUGAAUGUGGGAAAACAGAGGUUUGAGAAGAUGACCAGUGGAAUGUACCUUGGAGAAAUUGUCAGGCAGAUUCUCAUAGAUCUCACCAAACGGGGUCUGUUGUUUCGUGGCCGCAUUACAGAGCCGCUUAAGACAAGAGGCAUAUUUGAGACCAAGUUUCUAUCACAGAUCGAAAGUGACCGUUUGGCGCUACUGCAAGUCAGAUCUAUUCUGCAGCAUUUGGGCCUGGACAGCACAUGCAACGACAGUAUCAUUGUUAAAGAAGUGUGUGGUGUUGUGUCACGCCGAGCUGCACAGCUCUGUGGUGCAGGAAUGGCUGGUAUUGUAGAGAAAAUCAGGGAGAACCGAGGACUGGACCAUCUAGACAUCACUGUAGGGGUGGAUGGCACGCUGUACAAACUCCAUCCACACUUUUCAGGGAUUUUAAAAGACACAGUGAAAGAACUUGCUCCCAUGUGUGAUGUGAAUUUCAUCCUGUCUGAGGACGGCAGUGGGAAGGGAGCAGCACUUAUUACAGCUGUGGCUCGUCAGUAUUGUAAGAAGACAUAACCGUAUUGAAGUGCAUUCUUAUUUUGCCGGAAGAUCAUAUACUGGAAGAUGCUAUACAAUAUAUCUGUAGCCACAACCUAACAGCAAAGGUACCUAGGAGCACAUAAUGCAUAUAGACAAUCAGACGGCAUCAGGAAGCUAAAGCAGUUUCUAUACCUUAGGAUUUUAGGACUGAAAUCCUCUUGUUUAUUUAUUUUGGCUGUGUAACAUUUUCAAUGAUAAUUACAAAGUAUGAACCACCAGGAUGUACAAUGCAGAAGCUGAUAACCCUGUAUCAGCAGAAGUGUUAAGGACAGACUGCCUUUUAUUAUUUGUGCUUUCACUGCUAUCACACACUGACUGAGUGACGAACUGCCCUGUCUAUACAGCCUCCCCCCUGUUUCCUUUUACAUCAUGUGAGUGAGCAGGUUUGCAUGGGCAGGCAGAGAGAAUAGCAGGGAUAAGGCUCAUCUAGAGCGGAAAGUGGCUUUGUAUUCUGGAAUGUUACAAGUGUAUUCAGACUCGCCAAGGACCGGUGCUCAGGCACAAGAAGACCAGUGAGUUCACAACGACAAAACAAAAAUCACAAAACUGCAUUGCUUUGAGAAUGUGCUUUGGGUAUUAACUCUACAGGAUUGUUAAUCAUAUGUUUAUAAAUUUUUGUUUGUCCAGAGUGUUGUGAAGACAGGUUUUGUAUAGCAUUUCAUUCAGCAAUUCUUUUCCCAAAAUGUAAAAACUGUGGAAUGAUUAUGUAUUAACGUAAAUAUAGAAUAAUUAUGUGGCUUGAUUAUGUAUUUUUAUUAUUAUUACAGC